CGGUCCUCGUUCUUUGAUCAACCAGGUUUAAUAUACUGUACUGUACUCAACACAAUAUACGGUUGAAAACUACUUCUUGACCCAGAGUAUUCCUCCUGUAACCUAAAUGAAGAUCCUCGGAACCUCAUUAGUUCUGAAAGCAUCCUUUCUCACUGUCUUAAUGCUGCCAGGUGCUACAGCGGUCAGAAGGUCAAACUCUUGGAAUCCUCUCUAUCAAACCCAAACUCUUGAUUCAGUGUACAGGCACUUCAAUCCUCGACCCCAUUCUCCAGAUCAAGGUUCAGGACAGCACAAUCCGCAAUACCCUUCUCCAGAUCAAGAUCAAAGACACCACAAUCCUCAAUACCCUUCUCCAGAUCAAGGUUCAGGACAGCACAAUCCUCAAUACCCUUCUCCAGAUCAAGGUUCAGAACAGCACAAUCCUCAAUACUCUUCUCCAGAUCAAGGUUCAGGACAGCACAAUCCUCAAUACCCUUCUCCAGAUCAAGGUCAAAGACACCACAAUCCUCAAUACCCUUCUCCAGAUCAAGGUUUAGGACAGCGCAAUCCUCAAUACCCUUCUCCAGAUCAAAGUCAAAGACACCACCAUCCUCAAUACCCUUCUCCAAAUCAAGGUUCAGGACAGCACAAGCCUCAAUACUAUUCUCAAGAUCAAAUUUCAGGGCGGAAUUAUCAUCAGCUACAAGUUUCUGAACUGCAUCGCUAUCAUCAACCUCAAGCAAAUCAGUUUAAUAUGAAAGAGCUACAAAGUCAGAAGGAAUCACUACUCCACAAUGAGUCACAAGAAGAAAACAACUUAUAUUCAGAGCAGAACUACCCACAAGUCCAAAGUAAAAGUAUGGCUGAGGUUCAAACGAUCCCAAAGAUAGAAAAAAUGUCCAGUGUUUUAACAGCAAAAGAAAAAGGAAUCAUUAAGGAAGAGAUGUUUCUUGAAAGCAUUUAUGAAAAGCUGGGUCGACCUAAACACAUUAGAAAAUCCAGCUCAUAUGUAAACAUGAUCCAACAGAUAUUUAGAAACAUGGAAGGAACCCCUGGUAUAAUUUCACCAGUUGACAGACGGCUUAUCAUCUCCCUGGAAGAGUACAAGAACCAAGGAGUUGACAAGUUUGUGCUCUGGGUGCCUCAAGAUUGGACUGCUCAAAAAAAGCACAACCAUAAUAAUGAUGGGUUCAUCCCCCUAGAUCUGACAAAUGAGCUAAAUUCUAGAGUAGCUACAGGGGAUUCAACUCUUGAAAUCAGUAUAGGCAUACCUAUCAAACCAAACCAGAAAGCAUUUACAGACAUUGUCACAAGAAAGGAGCAGGAAAGAAAAAAGCGCGAAAGUACUGAGGUUCCUCAAUGUGGAGCUGAGGAGCAGAGCUGCUGUCUGUCCUCUGUAUCGGUUAACCUGACGUCUAUUGGUUGGGAUUUUGUACUAAAUCCUCAAGUGAUAGAAUUCACAUACUGCGGAGGACACUGUGAUCCAUUCAGAGUUCCUCCAGGAAUGUUUGUUCCACAAAUGGCAGCACUCAGAUGGAAAAUCCACCUGAGUGGUCUGCACAACCUGCCAGCCCCCUGCUGUUCCCCAAGAAAGUAUGGAAACCUCGAAAUCCUCUACUUUGAUGACCUCCCUGAUGGUAGUGUCGAAGUUAUGGUCGGAACUCUACAAAACGUCCUAGCCACAUCCUGUGGGUGUGGAUAAAUUAUAUACUACAGGGUGUCCCAAUAAACAUGAGAGUUAAGUACUGAAUUCUAGAUCUUUUUUGUAAAAAAAAUGUAAUUGUAAAGGAUUAAAGCUCUCUCAUACAAAAUCAAAAAUAAAUUAAAAACCGAUUUCGAAAUUGUCACUCAAUUCACUUGUCUAGUGGGACACCCUGUAUUCUGAAAGAUUAGUACGAUCAAUAGAUUUUUGAGCACAUCGAGAGAAAAAAAUACAUUUCUAAGAAUAAAACGAAUUUUCUAUUAUUUCUAAAAAUAGUAAUGAAAGAAAAAAAGCUAUGUAAUGCUUUUCACCAGCAUUU